CGCACAUGCAGAAUCAACUGAGAUUCUUUUGUUUUCCGCUGCAAAGAGAGACACAUGCUCAUCUUCGUGGUGACGACGACCUUCUGGGUCAUCCAGAGGACCUCCUCCACAGGACUGGCUCUAGACCUGGAAGGUGUCUGGAAAGACUGGAAGGCCACCCAUGGUAAAGAAUACCUGGAGGAGGAAGAGAACUUCCGUCGGACCAUCUGGGAAAAGAAUCUACGGAUGAUUCGGCAGCACAACUUGGAGGCGUCUCUAGGAAAACACACCUAUCGGCUGGGGAUGAACCACUUCGGCGAUUUGACAAACGAAGAGUUCAACCAGAGGACGAACUGCCUCCUUCCGAGCACAGUGGAACCGCCCGGUGGGAACGUCACCUUGUUCCGGGAAUCAGCCAUUGUGGAAACGCCCAAGGAGGUGGAUUGGCGGAAAAAGGGUUACGUCACCCUAGUCAAAGACCAGGGUAACUGUGGGUCAUGUUGGGCAUUCAGCGCCACUGGAGCCCUGGAAGGCCUGCAUUUCAAGGUGACCAAACGUCUCGUCUCACUAAGUGAACAAAACCUCAUUGACUGCUCUGGAAAUUUCCGCAAUAAAGGAUGUGGUGGUGGAAAUGCCUCAAGGGCUUUCCUGUAUGUGCAGCACAAUGGGGGCAUUAACUCUGAGGAAACAUACCCGUAUUUAUCAGAGAAAAAUCCCUGUCGUUACAACCCCCAGAAAAUAGCAGCCAAGUGUUCUUCCUCUGUGAUGGUCUCGAAGGGGGAUGAGAGAGCCCUGGAGCAAGCUGUGGCCAAUGUUGGCCCUGUUUCUAUUGCCUUGGAUUCUAGGAGCAAAGAGUUCCAGUUCUACAAAUCAGGGAUUUUCUCCUGUCCUUGGAAUGGCAAAGCGUUGACACACGCCGUGCUGGCAGUGGGCUAUGUCAAGUCCCCAGAAGGCGGGAAAGGACCAAACUAUUGGAUCUUGAAGAACAGUUGGUCUAAAAUAUGGGGUGAAAAAGGUUACAUGCGACUGUUGAAAGGAGCCAAUCAAUGCGGUGUAGCUGAUGGCGCGAGCUACCCUGUGCUGAAACCAGCCGAAGAGCCGUGACCCCACCUUCCGGAACUUUCCCAACUUCAGUGCUGCGAACCACAGUAAGGUUGGGCUGCUGCGGCUGCUGCGGUCAUCGGUUCCGUCAGAGCUGGAGUGAAACUCUGCAGAGAUUUGCGACAAACGCUUCCAAAUGUGAUAAAUGGCAGUGCUUUUUCAAUAGCCCUAAUUUUAUCAGCCAGAGGAUGCACCCGUUCUUUGUUGAUUUUAUAUCCCAAAUACUGUACUUCAGGCUUCAUGAAAAACCAUUCUUUUUGCCUCAAGCACAGGCCAGAUUCCUCUAAUCUUUGAAGUACUAGCUCAAGUAUCAAAAGGUGUUCUUCAUCAUCUUGGCCAGUGAUAAGGAUAUCAAACCUAACCACUCUGCCAGGAAUCUGUCCCAUAGCUCUCUGAAAUAUACCAGGGGCUGAAGAAAUGCCAUAGGGUAAUUGGUUCUAUUACUACAAGCUACUAUAAGCUUAUAGUAUAGGGCGGUAACACUACUGGUAUUUGCAAUGAACUCCAUAUCCCAUCAGAGAACCUUUCCGGUGCCAGCGAUUGUUCUUUCAUCGACUUACUUUCAAGUCUUUUGGCCCAACAUCUGCAGAUUUCCCUCCCAAAAACAAAUAAUACGCUUUGCAAACAGAUGGCCUGUCAUCGUUAAGGGUUGUAAACCAUGUCGUUACAAAUAUUUAUGACAAAAAUAUUGGGAUGUUAGAAGAGGGAGAGGAACCUUGAAAAUAAAGGAGAUGAAAACGAA